GAUGUCGAGUCAAACAAACGUGAAUUUAGGAUUUUCGUUGAGGUUAUAUUCACUUGGCAAUGGGCCAAAACCCAAAAAAGCAUCAACCACCAUUGUAGGAUCGAUUUUUUAGAAGAAGUAGAAAAUGCUGUUGGAGAAGAAGUUUGGAACAGUAUCUGUGGUUCUCCUCUCGGAAUAGUUAUACGGUUUGCUGAAAAUAAGUUCAUGUGGUCAUCUAAAAUCGUCGAACAUCUUCUUGUGAAUCAACUUGUUUGCAAAGAUAGGCAAGAAAUGUGGUGCUUGCUUGAGUUUCAAAAGAUAACGAAUUUAAACUGUGCACCUUUUCCUGAGAGUGAGGAAGUUAUAGAAACUAAGGUGCAUAAAGGGUUGUGGAAGAAAUUGAAGGUAAAGAGGAAGAGCCCUUGUCAUAGAGAGUUGAAAGGAGCGUUGGAAGAUGUUUCUGAAUGGUCAAUAGAAGAAAAAGUCCGCUUUACGUAUUUGUGUAUUUUAGCAACAGUCAUCAUAGGCGAGGAUGAUAAAAAGGAGCUUUCUUUUGAACUUGCCCAUAUGGUUUUUGACUUACCCAAAUUUGAGAAGUAUCCUUGGGGCAGAGAGGCUUUCAAGCGGCUGAUUGAAUCAGUGAAGCGUAUAGAUUUGAAUGCUAAGUCGUACACAAUAGAUGGAUUCGUACAAACCCUCCAAGUAUGGGCUUACAUUGUCGUUCCCAGUCUCGGAGCAAAAUUUGGUCGUCCAACAAAAGUUGAUGGGCCUCCUAUUCUGAAAUUUAAAGGUUUAAAAGGAAGAAAUAACAUCGAUAUCCAUGUCGUUUCAGUUGCUGAUGAGGAAUAUAAGAACAUCACGAGUGUUGUUAUCAACCAAACGACACCUGUUGUUUGGACUUCUAAAAUUGCGGAUAAGAAAAUUAACACUCUUCUGCAAGUCGUAUGUAAAGAAGGAGGUUUAGGAGAUGUCACUUGGGUGGAAGCUGUGGAGCAUGGAUCAAACAUCAUCCAAACAGAAAAGAAUGUAGCAGAAGAUGUAGGUGGAAACAAUGAAGAGGGAAAAAAAGGAAGUGAUGGGACAGAUUCGGGCAUGAAAAAAAUGAAAGCAGACUCAAGCACUAUACUUUCUUCUAUUGAGUAUGCUGAAGCACCACAAAUGAGAUUAGAAUUUGAGAAACAAGCAAAAAAGUUUGAGACUUUAGAGGCGAAAGUAGAAGAUAUAGGGAAACAACUUCAAGGUUUUGACAUAAUGCGCUUAAAGUUUGAACUUUUGGAACAAGAAGUGACACUACUGAGAGAGAAGUUAAAGACUAAUGAGUGUAUUAAAGUACCUCACUUAAAAGAUGAAGACAUUUCUACAGAUGACUUUUUCGCGGACAUAAAUGGUGUAAGAGACAAAAUGGUUGAAUCAGUUGAAGAGAGCACGGUAGAUGGAAGAAUCCCCAUGAUGAAUAUUCGAAAAGCACAACCUCAAGAAGCUCCGCCAGUAAAGAUAAUCGAGCCCACUGCUUCUAUUGCAGAAAAGUUUACUAAGAAAAAAAUUGGCCAGACUUUAAAGAUUAUGGAAGUAGACCAAACUAGGAUUGUCCGAGAUAAAAGCACAAGACUGACGAUGUUGGAGCCGGCUCUACAAACACCAUUUCAGAGUACUUUACCGAUUUUAGGUAACAACAAACAAGUUGACAAGCCUAAUGUCGUGAUGGGACGUGGAUACGAUCCAUUUGCACCGGUGGAUGUGCAAAAAGUUAAGAGUUUGGACGAUUGGUUGCAUUUAGACGAGGAUUAUCCAAUUGGCUCCCAAAACAAUGGUGUAGAGUUCUUCAGAGUUCUCAGAACUCCUCAAGAGUGGCUAACUGGAGAGCAUAUUAACAGCGCUACGAAUUUGCUGCGUCUGAGAUUUAUCAAAAAUCAAGAAGCGUUCAGAACUGGAAGAAUUGCUUUUACUGAUACCUAUUUUACUACCGGGUGGGCCAAAGGUUAUGACGAGUUUCUACAAGCCCAUGAUGUUCCUAUUUUCCCUAAUGGAACACAUGACUAUUGUUCUGGUAAGCUUCCAGCAUUUGCAGAAACAAGAAAGAAGUGGAGGACCGAAGUAGAUAAUAUAUAUGGUGUACUUUACGUGAACGAUAACCAUUGGAUAUGA